AUGAUGACAUAUCAAAAUCUCACGCUGUCCCGGAUCCCGAACCAACCAUCGACAGAGGCGACAGCAACGGGUGACCCCCAGAUAUAUCUGAUUACUCUUUGCAAGGCUCCUGAGAAUCGCAUUGGCACCGCCUUUGCACAGGAAUUUAUCCGCGCAUUGCGGGAUAUUGAGCGGUUGGUUAAGGCUGCCGGGAAGGAUGAGAACGGGGCGGGGGUAGGUGCUGCGGUGAUAAUCAGAGGGAAGGGAGAGAAGUUUUGGAGUACGGGGCUGGAUCUUGAUGAAGCAGAACGGGAUGCUUUCUCAAAUACAGACGGCUUUUUCCCGCUCAUGCAUACAAUUCUUGACUACCCCUAUCCAACAAUUGCAUUGUUGAAUGGCCACACAUUCGGUGGAGCAUGUGUACUUGCUCUUGCCCACGAUUAUCGAAUCAUGAACUCUCGUCGCGGGUUUUUUUCGAUGCCGCCCGUUAAUAUUGGCAUUCACUUUCCCGGGAUUGGAUACCUGUCGCGUCUAAAACUUCGCCCUGAUAUUGCUCGAAGAAUGCUGCUUGAAGCACAUAAAUGGACCAGCAAAGAGGCACUGAAAGAUGGGAUUGUUGACCAAAUAGCAGAACCUGAAGACAUGCUGAAUGUAGCGAUCGAAGUCGCGCGAAAAUGGGCACCUAAGGCGAAGAUGGGAGUGUAUUCCAUACUACGACAGGAAUUAUGGGGCGAAGCUGCUCGGAAGUUCCAGAGCAUCAGCUACGUUCAUCAACGUAGGACUAUUUUGCCGCCCAAGGUGAAAAUUUGA